GGAGAUUUGGGACUUUCUUUAUCAUAAAUACGUAAUGGCUGCCAAGCGUCCAUUCCGUGAAUCCGCUUUUUCCUGCCCAUAUUGCCUGGAGGUUUUUAAAGACCCUGUCAUCAUGGAGUGUAGCCACAGUGUGUGUAAAGCCUGCGUAGAGAAAUACUGGGAAACCAAAGGGCACCAGGAGUGCCCUGUAUGUCGCAAAAGGUUCUUCAAUAGCAAACUACAGUCUAAUAUAGCUUUACGGAAUCUGUGUGACAACUUCAUAGCACAGCAGAGGACGUCAGUAGUAUCUGAGUUGCUCUGCAGUCUGCACAGUGAGAAACUCAAGCUCUUCUGCCUGGAGGAUAAACAGCCUGUGUGUCUGGUGUGCCAGACCUCAAAACUACACAGAGGCCACAGUCUCAGUCCUAUUGAUGAAGCUGCAACAGACAUGAAGGAGGAACUCAAGAUCAAUCUGGCGCCCCUGAAAAUGAAACAGAAGACAUUUGAAAAAGAGAAACGACGUAUCUGUAACCAAACAGCAGCACAUAUUACGAGCCAAGCUCAACACACAGAGAAGCAGAUCAAGCAGGAGUUUGAGAAGCUUCACCAGUUUCUACGAGAUGAAGAGGCAGCCAGGAUAGCUGCACUGAGGGAGGAAGAGGAGCAGAAGAGUCAGAUGGUGAAGGAGAAGAUUGAGGAGAUGAGCAGUGAGAUCUCAUUUCUUUCAGACACAGUCAGAGCCAUAGAGAAGGAGAUGAAAGCUGAUGAUGUCACGUUUUUACUGAAUUUCAAGAGCACAGUGGCCAGAGCCCAGUGCACACUGCAGGAGAAGCUUUCAGGAGCUCUGAUCAAUGUGGCAAAGCACCUGGGCAACCUGAAGUUCAGAGUAUGGGAGAAGAUGCAGGAGAUUGUUCAAUACACUCCUGUCACUCUGGAUCCCAACACUGCAUCUUAUAGUCUUAUCCUGUCUGAGGAUCUGACCAGUGUGAGACUUUGUCAAGAACAACAGCAGCUUCCUGAUAACCCAGAGAGAUUUAAUCAUUUUGCCAGUGUGCUGGGCUCUGAGGGCUUUAACUCAGGUACACACUGCUGGGAUGUGGAGGUUGGGGAGAACCCAUGGUGGAAUGUGGGUGCAAUGACAGAGUCUCUGCAGAGGAAGGGAGAUUGCACCUCCAUGGGUGGACAGUGGCGUGUGUGGUAUAGUGAUGGUAAAUACGGAGCACGUGCCACACCCCAGCCCUCCACUCUCCUCACAGUGAAGCAGAAACUCCAGAGGAUCAGAGUGCAGCUGGACUGGGACAGAGGAGAGCUGACAUUCUUUGAUCCUGAUAGUAACACACACCUACACACCUUCACACACACAUUAACUGAGAGAGUGUUUCCAUAUUUCAAUGGUGGUAGGGUUGCUCCUCUUAGGAUUCUACCAGUGAAGGCCUCAGUAAGAGUAGAACAUCACAGUCCGUAACCUCACCAUGACUGGCCUUGCACACAUGUGACAUUAACACACA